AGAUAGAUGAGUGAAAAGAGAAGAAAAGGGGAAGGAGAAUCAAAUGGGGUGAGUUGAGUACAGGGGAACGAAGACCAGCAAGCAAGCAGUUGCAGAUCUCUGCUGUUGAGUAACGUGAUUGACUCUCAUAGGAGAAAAAAAAGAAGAAAAGAAGAAUGCACAGCGAUGGGAUCUUAGGAAACAGAGAAGGUAGCGGAAGAAAGUGGCUGAGGAGAAGGGAGAGAUGGCUGGUGGUGCUAGGAGUCAUCCUCCACGCCGUUUACAUGCUCAGCAUUUUCGACAUCUAUUUCAAGACUCCCAUUGUCCACGGCGUCGAUCCCGUCACUCCUCGCUUCGCUGCCCCUGCCAAACGUCUCGUCCUCCUCGUUGCUGAUGGCUUGCGCGCCGACAAGUUUUUUGAGCUGGAUGCGAAAGGGAAUCAGCGAGCGCCGUUUCUGAGGAGCAUAAUCGAAACGCAGGGUCGUUGGGGGGUUUCUCAUGCUAGGCCUCCCACAGAGUCCAGGCCCGGCCAUGUUGCCAUUAUUGCUGGCUUCUAUGAAGAUCCCAGUGCAGUUACAAAAGGGUGGAAGGCUAAUCCUGUUGAGUUCGAUUCCGUGUUCAACAGAAGCCGGCAUACCAUUUCUUUUGGAAGUCCUGAUAUAGUUCCCAUUUUCUGUGGUGCCUUGCAGCAUACCACUUGGGAUACCUAUCCCCAUGAGUUUGAAGACUUCGCAACUGAUGCAUCAUUCCUCGACAUGUGGUCUCUGGAUAAAUUUCAAAGCCUUCUUAAUAGGUCCAGAGAAGACCCAAAAUUAAAGGAGUUGCUGCAGCAGGAUAAUCUUGUUGUAUUCCUGCAUCUGCUUGGAUGUGACUCUAAUGGCCAUGCACAUAGGCCCUUUUCAUCCAUCUAUCUCAACAAUGUUAAGGUUGUUGACCAUGUAGCUGAAAGUGUUUACAAUCUUGUUCAAGAUUAUUUCAAGGAUAAUCGGACAUCAUAUAUUUUUACAGCAGAUCAUGGAAUGAGUGACAAAGGAAGCCAUGGAGAUGGGCACCCUUCGAACACUGAUACUCCUCUUGUUGCGUGGGGAGCUGGUGUUAAGUAUCCAAGGCCUAUAUCUAGCAGCAACCAUUCUGAUUGUGGUUUUAGGUUUGUUGAUGACCAUGUGCAUGACACACCAACUCCAGUUGAAUGGGGCUUGAAUGAGAUAGAAAGGGUGGAUGUCAAUCAGGCUGAUAUUGCACCACUCAUGUCUACACUGCUCGGUCUGCCAUGUCCUGUCAAUUCAGUUGGAAGUUUACCCCUAGAUUACAUUAACAUGACCAAGGCUGACGAAGUUGAAGCUGUUUUGUCCAAUACAAAAGAAAUUCUGAAUCAGUUUCUUCGCAAAUCAUAUAUUAAGCAGUCGAAUUCUUUAUACUUUAAACAUUUCAAACCACUGUCUCAUUAUUCUUCAAUAUUGGACAAAAUUGAGGGUCUGAUAUCAGCUAGAGAUUAUGAUGCUGCAAUGGAUCUAUCCCAAAACCUCAGAAGUUUGGCAUUGCAAGGGCUUCACUAUUUUCAGACUUACGAUUGGCUGAUGCUCUUUUCUGUAAUUACCCUUGGGUAUGUUGGCUGGAUGAUCUAUCUUGUUCUUCAUGUUCUGCAGUCUUAUACCUCACUGCCAGGAAAUGCUUUUGGAAUGGAGCAAGCAGUUCAGAAAAAUAACCGUGGAAAAAUAUAUCUAUAUGGAUCUAUGGUGACGGGAAUGCUUUGUUUGCUUUUGUUGCUGGAGCAGUCUCCUCCUCUUUACCAUGCAUACAUCAUAAUGACUUCAUUUUUAUGGGUUCGGAUAAUUAGUGAAUACCAGUUUAUAAAAACAUUAUGGAAGCACUUAUCUAGAAGGCGGAUGAAUUAUAUUAUUAAGCUUCUAGCAAUCACUGCUAUCUCAGUUUUCAUUCUUGAGUUCCUGGUUAACAGCUUCACUGAGAGGAAGCUCUAUACGUGGUGUUUUUUGAUUGCCGGGGCCACAGCUUCAUUUUAUCUUUUUAAGUCAAUUCCCUGGAGAUCUGGUAUACCGAUAUAUGUUUGCCUAGCAUGUUGGUUUUUGUCUCUUUUCACAUUGAUGCCAGCAGAAAUUCCUGACAAUAAUCAAUUAGUAGUUAGUAGUGGGGUUAUUAUUAUCAUUAUAGGAAUAGUUGCAAGAUGGCUAGAUUUGCAUGCUGGUGGAAGGAAGUAUUGGCUAAGUAUAUGCAAUUGCAAGUUGAAAAGUUCCAAAUUUUCAUCUCUAUUUUACUUACAGGCUCUUUUGGUUGCUCUAUCUUCAGUGAUGGUGUAUUUAUCAACUGUUCACAGAACUGAAAAGCGAGAGUUGCUUGCAUCGCACCAAUUGAUAAAUUGGUCUGUUGCUGGUUUUUCAAUGGUGCUCCCGCUGUUCUCAGAAAAUAGCCUCUUAUCCCGACUUACUUCGAUAUUUCUUGGCUUUGCACCUCCAUUCCUUCUUCUCUCCAUUGGAUACGAAGCUAUAUUCUAUGCUGCUCUUGCUCUUGUACUGAUGGCUUGGAUACUAUUUGAAAAUACAAUUCUCAACUUAAAUAUUGUGAAUAAGUCAUCUGAUUCCACUAAAAGUGUUACAAAUCAUCUCAUCCAUGGAUCUGAUAAUAGAUCUUUGCAGUUAUCUGAUGUGAGGAUUCCAUUGGUCUUUAUGGUUUUAUUCAAUGUUGCUUUUUUUGGAACGGGAAAUUUUGCAAGUAUUGCUAGUUUUGAGAUUUCAUCUGUCUAUCGGUUCAUUACCAUCUUUAGUCCCUUCCUGAUGGCAGCGCUACUCAUCUUCAAAUUAUUUAUACCUUUCUUGCUUGUAAUAUGCGUAUUCAGUGCGAUUACCAAACUAAACCAAGUUCCAAGGUUGGGAUGCUAUUUUCUUGUUAUAUUGUUCUCAGACAUGAUGACCAUUCACUUCUUCUUCCUGGUUAGGAAUACAGGAAGUUGGAUGGAAAUUGGAAAUAGUAUCAGUCAUUUUGGCAUCAUGAGUGCCCAAGUUGUUUUUGUUCUAUUACUCUUUGCCCUCACAAAUACAUACACAAAAGACAUCCACUGUAACUCAGCAGUAUCAUCGACUCGUAAGGCAAAUUAGGUUUCACCAAAGUCGCUCUAAACGAGCUACCUUAUUGCCAUGGAAAUGACUACUCAUUCUUGGUGUUUGCUUUGAUGGUUAUGACCAACCUGUUGUAUUCAUUUCCAUCUAUGGUAUUCAGGAUUGAGAACGGGCGGCAGUGAUCUGGAACUCAGGGAAAGGCGAGCAAACAUUGUGCCUCACCAUGUAAACAAAGAACUUUCAUAUAAACUUUUUCCUUAUAUUACUGCCUCUUGGUAGUUGAUCUGUACAGGUCCUGGUCCUGGCCCUGGCCCGGGUGAUGGAAUUUUUGUUUGAUUGUUUACUGUGGUCAACGUAAUGUUAAUGCACUUUUUUCACCCAAAUAGAUUAGUGAGGUUAUCUAUUGAGACAUUACUUUCUCCGA